AUGCGUCAUGGUGAACGCCUAGACUACGCCUUUGGCGACUGGAUAUCUCAAUGUUUCGACAAAAACGGCAACUAUUGCCCGACAAAUCUAAAUAUGCCUGACAGUGUACCUAAACGUUCCCAAGGGCCUAGUGCUUACAUAAAAGACUCCCCGUUAACCAAAAUGGGCAUUUUUCAAGCACAACUCACUGGUGAAGCGUUCGUAAAAGAGCAUCUUGAAGUUUCUGACGUUUACUGUUCACCUUCACUACGUUGUAUUCAAACGUGUGAUGCGUUUCUCAAAGGUUGUAACAAAAACAACGAAAUUAAAAUUAAGGUGGAACCUGGACUGUUUGAGUGGUGGGCUUUUCAUACCAACGCGUUACCUAUCUGGCUGACGCCUGAAGAGAUGGUAGAAUAUGGCUAUAAUAUAGAUCUAAACUAUAAACCAUAUGGAUCUUACAAAAUACCCAGCGAGGAAGAAACGUGUGAUGCAUAUUAUUCUCGAAGCUUUUCACUAACUUUAGACUUAUUAAGGACGCAUCCAGAAGGUAAUAUAUUGUUUGUGGGACACGCCACUACUUUGGAAGCUUGUACGCGGCAGCUACUUGGACAAAAACCUAGGAAUAUAUGGAACAUGAAAAAUAUUAUAAAAUCCAUUCCUUACUGCGCUAUUAUAGAUGUUAAUAAAACAAAAAGUGGUGAGUGGGAAAUGAAGCCAUCCUUGCAUCAACUUACCCACACCUCUAAUCUAGUAUUUGAUUAUGAUCGAUUAUUGUAA